UAUUUCUCUAUAUUUCGUAACAUUCAUAAUCCAAAUGACGCAGCAAAAGCGGUUCAAAAAUUUGACCCAAAACCUCAAAGACAAAGCCUCCGUCAUCGCCGCGGUCCUAUCCCCGAAGCGCCACGCCUCCUCCGUCCGGGUUCACGUUCUCCGCGCCACCACGCACGCCCUCACGGCUCCUCCCUCCGAAGAAACCAUCGCCGCCGUACUCACGGUGGGGCAGGGCUCCAACCGCAACCCGCGCGCCUGCAUCGACGCGCUCAUGGACCGCCUUCACAACACGCGCAGCGCCACGGUGGCGCUCAAGUGCCUCUUCACGCUACACAACGUCGUGGUGAAGGGACCCUUCACGUUGAAGGACCAACUCUCGUGUUACCCUUCCUACGGCGGCCACAACUUUCUUAACCUCUCGAACUUUCGCGACGAGUCGGACGUGGAAUCGGUGGAGCUGAGUUCGUGGGUGCGGUGGUACGCCGGCGUGCUGGAACAGAGCCUCACGGUUUCCAGAGUCUUGGGGUAUUACCUCAACGCCUCUCGCGAAUCCCAAGAAAGCAAAAAGAUUAUCCUUUCGAACGCGUCGGAUGCGGAUUUGUUGUACAAGGUGGAGGCGCUGGUGGGUUUCGUCGAACAAAUAAGCCACGUGCCUGAUUCGCUGCACCUGCAGAGGAACGAGUUGGUGUACGAGGUGGUACGGCUGGUUGGCGAGGAUUAUAGGAGCGUGCAGGUUGAGAUUUUGUUGCGCGUGGAAGAACUUGGGGAGAGAAUGGAUGAUCUUGAUGUGGGUGAGUUGAACGAGUUGGUGGGAUAUUUAGGGAGAUUGGAGGAGACUCAGGAUAAGUUGGUUCUUUUGUUCGUGAAUAGGAAAAGGAACAAUGGAUUCUGGGAUUUGGUUCAAAAGACUAAGGUCAAGGGAAUGGCCAAAAAGAGGGAGAUUGAAGGGAAGUGGCUCACGGUGGUCGUUAACACCGGCGCCGCCGAAUUGGCUCGCUCAUCCAACCCGUUUCUUGACCCGGGGCAACUCAGUCCGGUCCCACGAAUAGAUUUUGCAACGGUAAGGUGACAUAUGGCAACGGUUACUUUCAGUCAGUAAUUCGUUAUUUUUUUUUGUUGCUUUUUUUCCCUUUUAUUUUGUGGGAAUUCGCGCAGUGUGCUCCUCCCAUUUGGAAGUGUGGUGCUAUACUUUUUCCAUGUUUUUUUUAUUACUUUUCUUUUUCUUAUUUUCUUUGAUAUUUGAGAAAGAUUAAAGUGAAAAAGCACUUAGAAUAAUCAUGUAUAUCCAUGUAAAAAGAGAUUUCUGUGGAAAAAGAAAUAAGAGAUUUUUGUGAACUUUU